AUGGCAGACAAAUAUUACGGUCAUGGAGGCAUGCCUCCACCCAUGCACGGCUACCCACCCGGUCCACCAGGGUCCGGCCAUCCGCCCCAUAUGUCGUACCCCUACGGCCCAGGGGUCGUCUUCUACCCAGUCCACCCUGCUUACUUCUAUCCUCCUCAUGGCUAUCCCCACCCCCCUGGCUAUCCUCCUCCCCCCGCCGAAAUAGUUGAUUCUGAACCAGCCGAAGGAGUUCCGGAAUUACCCGGAGAGACAGUCGAACUGCCCUGGAGUACAUACCGUUGGGUUCCCGCUUGUUUAAGCCAGAGGAGUAUCCCCAUGGGAGCUCUUCGCGUAGGCACCGAUGCUGAUGGAGAAGAAAUCUACGCAGGUAGAGCACAUCAUGAAGGAGACAUUCUCCCAGCAAAAGUAAUUCCUACUAAAAAUGCGUGCUACAUCGCAUAUGGUGGUGAAGAAGUUCUGAAAGACCAGUUUGAGGUUCUAGUUCCCGCUAUGUUCUCAUGGCAGUUCUCUACUGGAGGAGAAGUUCCCCCCGGCGCAGUGGAGGCUGGCGUCACUGCUGAUGGAGAGAAAUUGUACUUCGGCAGAGUCAAUCAUGAUGGAUGUGUUACUCCUGGAAAGAUCCACCCAUCGCACGGCACUUGUUAUUAUCCAUUCGACGGCGAAGAGAGGUCUUCUGCGGAGUACGAAUGUCUCGUGCUUAUG